AUGACUCAACUACCCCCCCCUGGUGACUUGUCGCAAGUGAUACCUCUUUCGGUCGGCACACCGGCACAUAGUUAUCCCCCUGUUUAUUGGGCACCAUCUAGCGCGUUCAUCCAAGUACGUGAGGCGGAUCAACCGCAGAUUGGUGUUUCUGGUCACAAGGGGUUCUCCCUUCUAGAAGGAGGAGAUUUUAGAGUUGCUGCUGCAACUGCGUCUGUUGAUGAUGACACACGAUUGUUACAGCCCAGCUUUGUUGGGUCUAGAAGUGAAGAUUCAGCAACCAGUGGAGCUACAGAAGUCAACGGCAAUAAGCGAUGCAAAUCCCCCUUAUCCCAAGACGAAUAA